AUGGAGUGCUAUGUAUGCAGGAAUCAGGAAGGGAAUAAAGAUAAGUGCAUCAAGACCACAAUGCAAUGUCUAGAAGACGAACACUCCUGUAUAACCAAUAUUUCAUAUACGAUUCCUCCCUAUUGGUCGCCAAUGGGAGAAAGAACUCACUUUUUAUGGAAAGCUUGUAUUUCUACAGAAGAAUGUGAGCGUCAAAAAGAAAUUGCUGGUAAAACUUGUCAACGUGAAUGGUAUAUGGACUGGAGAUGUGUGGAAUGUUGUCAAGGUGAACUGUGUAAUUAUUACGCAACAUUAUCAGGGUGUCGAAUUUAUUGGGAUAAAAUUUUAAUUAUUUCAAUCAUGGUACCUAUUUUAGCGUAUCAUUUGUUUUAA